UUUUUUAUUUUCCCUUUUCUUUUAAAUAAAAUUUUAAAUUUUUUUUUAUACCCUCUUAUUCUUCAUGGAUCCCAAGGGCUCAAAGGAAGCAUUAUCACCACCACAACCAAAACCAAACUUCUUGACUCUCCCAUCAUCACCAUCAUCACCACCCCAACAACAACAACAACAAAACAUGGGAGAAAACAAACCUGCGGAGAUCAAAGACUUCCAGAUAGUGAUAGCGGAGAAAGAAGAGAGCAAAAAGCAGUUGGCUCCGAAGAGAAGCUCCAACAAGGACAGGCACACGAAGGUCGAAGGCAGGGGAAGGAGAAUACGGAUGCCGGCUUUAUGCGCCGCCAGAAUAUUCCAGCUGACGAGGGAGUUGGGCCACAAGUCCGACGGGGAGACCAUUCAGUGGCUGCUCCAGCAGGCGGAGCCGUCGAUAAUCGCCGCCACGGGGACGGGGACGAUCCCGGCGUCGGCUCUGGCAGCCGCGGGAGCCUCUGUUUCGCAGCAGGGGAGCUCUGUUUCGGCUUCUCUGCAACAUCAGAAAAUCGAAGGGUGGGGGAAUUUGGGGAGAGCAGCAGCAGCCGCAGCAGCCCAUGUCGUGGGGGCCACAGGGAUGUGGGGCCCACCGCAAGGGUUGGUCAGUAACAGUGGUGGGUAUGGUGUUGGGAUUGGUGGGGGGUUUCAGUCGUCAUCAUCAUCAGGAUCAAUGGCAGGAGGAUCAACGGGUGAGGAAGGAGGAGGAGGGAGUUCGAAUUACUUGCAGAAGAUUGGGUUUUCUGGGUUUGACUUGCCGGUGACGAACAUGGGGAUGGGUGGUCCUUCACCACACAUGAGUUUUACAUCAAUUUUGGGUGGUGGGGCAAGCCAGCAGGCUCCUGGGUUGGAGCUUGGAUUGUCACAAGAUGGGUGUCAUAUUGGGGUUUUGAACACUCAGGCUCUGACCCAGAUGUAUCACCAGAUGGGUAGGGUCCACCACCAUCAGCACCAUCACCACCAACAGCAGCAGCAGCAGCAGCAACAGCAGAAUCCGAACCAUCAAACUUCUGCUAAGGAUGAUUCUCAAGGCUCAGGACAGUGAGUGAAUUAAAACUUAAUAGAGUGGUGAAUUAUGGAUCAUGGAUGAGAUUGAUACAUUAGAAAGUGGGAAAAUUUGGGGAGAAGCAUGAGUCAAGAGCUGGGAGGCUGAGUAUUGAAACUUUUUUUUUUUUUGUUUUGUUUUGUUUUUGUUUUUGUUUUUUUGUUUUUCCCUUGAUGCUUCUUUUUGUAUUGUAUAAUUGGAUAGAGUAUGAACAAAAGAAAAAAAAAAAUGAUACUUAAGAGAAAGAGAGAAUUCAAAAUAGGCACUGGGAUUUGGUUUUGCCCCCACUUUCUUCUUUCUCCUCGCUUGGCUCAUGUUUCCAUAUGCAGGUGGGAAUGUGCAACCGCCAUAUAGCAUCGGUUUGGGCUUUAACUUCUUUAAAUUCAGAAGGUGUGUUGAGUAUAGUGUAAGCCAAUCUAAUUUGAUCUACUGAGGUCUUGAAGGAGGGAUGAUCAGUUUGUUUUUUGUGAAUUUUUAAAUGUAGAGUUAUAUAUAGUCAUACUUCUUCAAUUUCUUAUUAGAUCUUCAAUUGGUUAUUUUUUAUGUUAUCGAUAUUCUUUAUACAACUUUUAACGGAAGAGCACUUGCUAUUCAUCACCA